AUGUAAAUGUUUUUACAUUCCUGUGAGUUCAGAUCCGCGAAAUAAUUGUGGUCCAACAGCACAACGUGUCACCCUCUUAUUAUUCACCUGGUGUUUUCACACAGCCUGAGCAUUGAUGUCAGCCAAGCAUGCCAAGCCCAACUUCAGUCAAUCUCAGGUGUCUGAGGUGCUGAAGAGGCUCUUCAGGGUGACGGCAUCAGAAAUUCGCUCUUUGCCCAGCUACGAUGACCAAAACUUCCACGUGGUGCCAGUGGACGGUGGUGAGUACGUCCUAAAGAUCAUGAAUGCAGAGGACAGCAAGAACCCCGCCCUGAUUGAGGUGCAAACGCAUGCCAUGUCCUUCCUGUACCAGAAUGGACUUCCUGCCCAAACAGCCAUGCCCACUGCCUCAGGGCAGCUCAUGAGUCUGGAAGAAAUAGAUUGUGGCUAUGGCUGCCAGAAGUACCUGGUGCGGCUGCUGACUUAUUUGCCUGGAACUACAAUUUCCAAGGUUCCUUUGACACCACAGUUAUUGUAUGAAACUGGCAAGACAGCAGCCAGAAUGGACCUAAUCCUGCAAGAGAUGGAACACCCUCAACUUAGUGUGCUGCAGAGGGAGAACUUCAAAUGGAGUCUGUCAAAUUUUACCAUGCUGGAAGCAUUCCUCAGUGUAUUAGAUGGAGAUCCUCUUCAGGAGGUGGUUAAGUCUGUCAUUCAUCAGUAUAAGAGCUCUGUGGUACCGAAACGCUCUGGUUUCCGCAAGUGCAUUAACCAUGGCGACUUCAAUGACCUCAAUGUGCUUGUGCAACCUGACGAGAGCGACGGCUACAAGAUUUCUGGCAUCCUUGACUUUGGGGACAUGAACAGCGGCUACUACAUCCACGAGCUCGCCAUCGCUAUUAUGUACAUGAUGACGGAGCACCCGAACCCCAUUGAGGUGGGUGGACCAGUCCUUGCGGGCUGGGAAAGUGUCCUUCCUCUCAAUGAGGCGGAGAGAGAAUGUCUCUAUGUGCUGGUGCUGUCCCGUUUCUGCCAGUCUUUGGUUUUAGCUCGCCACUCUGUGACCUUGCAUCCAGAGAACGCAGAGUAUCUGAUGAUUUCAUCCAAGAGGGGCAUCUUCAUUCUCCGUCAGCUCUGGGAGCUCAGGAAGGAGCAGGUGGAGAAGGUGUGGUUUGAGAGUGCUGCCCAGUUCAGUGACAGAAAGUGACAGUAAGGGAAGCCAUUCACAAAUUUGACAGUGUUAUGAUCAUGACCUGAAAACACCUGUAUGUAUUUUCACAGUUAAAAUUACCCUUGAUGGUAACAAUGGAUUAUGUACUUUAGUACAAGUGCAAUAUAGUGAGUAACUCCAUAAGUAAUUCAGGACUCAUCGUGCAUAGUAAUUAAGUGAACAAUACCUAAGCAGUCACUAUUUUUAAGAAACUGAACCAUGUUUAAUAAGUGCCUAAAGUCAACAGGGAUUAUACACAUCACAGAGAUUGUGUACCAAGGUGCUCUUCUGAGUGGUAACAGGCCACUUGGAUGGAUAGUGGACUAAUUUUAUCACAUCUGACCAAACCAGAUAUGAUUUACUAAAGGCAGGUAAAUCUAAAUGGUGCAGGCAAUGUCUGAGUUAGAAAUCCUUCCCUAUUUACUACAGAAUGCAGUGUAUUUACUGUCCAUCAAUUUCAUGUUUUCGCGCUGGCGAUAGCAUGCCUUCCAUCUGUCCAUUUGUCUGUUCGUCGUUCCCUCCCAUUUUCUUGAACACAAUAUCUCAGGAACACCUUGAGGGGAUUCCUCAAGCACGAGCGUUGAGUUGGACUCAUGGAUGAAUUGAUUCAAUUUUGGUGGUCAAAGAUUGAGGGAUGAUGUGAUUGUAUUUUGUAUCCAAAAGUCAAUGGUCAACUUUACUGUGACUUCAUGCUGUAUUGAUUUGUAAGAGUCCAUCCUCUUCACUUGCUGAGUCUGUAACAUAAUGUAAUGAUGCCUUAAGUGGGUCCAGAUUUUAACAGUUUAAUACUUUUAUACUGGAACAGUUAUCUCAAUAAACAAAAGAACAAUUUCUUAAA